AUGACCGGUAAACAGCAAAAGCAGCAACGUCCAUCACCCGAUCUUUCGUCAUCGCCCACACGUACUAUAAGUGAUGCUACCAAGAUGGGUCUCAUGAACGUUGCUCACGGCGACGCUUUGUUUAUACCUGAAGCCGAUCCUUUCAUGACUGAUAAAUCACCUGUCUUGUCGUCCAUGCCAUCUCCCAUCACCACUUCUUACGACAGUAGCAGCAGCACGCCCUUGACAUCCUCGCCAAAAUCAACGUUUUUCUUGUCAUCCCCGACUUCAUCACCUUGCGAUAAUGGACGACAGCACCAGCACCAUCAUCAUCGGUCAUCAUCACGUCAAUCGUCCAUUUCAAACAACAACAACAACAACGGCGACGGCUCGUCAAUAUCGUGUCACACCAAUCUGCUGUUGGACGAUGAAACGUAUUUCCAGCUAUCCGAAUACCUUGCUCAAAGCUCCCCUUCUUCUGAUUACGACAACAGUACUACGGGCAGUAUCGAUAGCCACAAUCGCCUAUCAUUGACGGAAUCACCAGCAGCACCAGCAGCAGCACUAAAUAUGGACGGACUUCAGAUCCGUGUGAUCGGCGCCCCAGACAAGUCGCGCGUGGAAACCCAAACCCGUCUGUGCAUCCAAUUGUUGACUACGAAGGGAACCAAGGUUUCAUCUUGGCCUUAUCUCAAGCUGCCAGAGCACCUGUUGGCUCGAUCAAGAUUAAAGCGCAGUGCACAACGAUCAUCGUCGUCGUCAUCUCCAUCGUCGUCAGCGCCAACGUCCCCUUCUUCCUCAACUACGCUGUUAGCCAGUGAUGGUCGAACGCUGUUAUCGGAUGAAUCAUCCAAAGUAAUAUAUCUCGAUGCCAAAGUGGUCUGUGCCAGUCAACCCGACCAGCCCGUUAAAGUGUGCUCCGGUUGUAUCCAGCGCGAGCGUAAACGAGCGGAAAGAUCUAAAAACGGAGCAAAUCAGCACAAAAACAACAGCGACCGCCUGCGAUUGAUUAUUGACGAUAUCCCUGAACAGGAUCGUAUCUUGCUUUUCAAUUGUGGGCCCAUGGUCAACUUUAGCUCGGGCGAUGCCAUUCUCCCCACAAGAAUUACGUGCUAUUGCCGUCACCAUAAUGAGAAAGUGGGCUUUUGUGUGCAAUUUACAAUGAAGACCGAUAAUGGCGAUAUCAUUGCAACGGGAAUGUCCCCACCCAUUUUAAUUACAGACGACCAUAAAAGUACUCGCCAAAAGAGCCGCAAGCGAGAUAGGAGCGCUUUCGAAACAGCCUCAUUACCAUCAUUAUCAAUGUCCUCCAGCAACAAAAGCAAUAGCACCACCGGCAGUAGCAACACAAACAAACCCGCACGAAGAUUGCCUCCACCUGGAUUAAGCACAGCAGUGGCUCCCGUGACCCCAGCAACAUCCCGCCGAGGGUCCUUAACACUCGCGGCAGCAAUGGAGAAUAUGCCGUCUAUGGAUGCAGCCGAUCCAAGUGAUUUUUCUAUUCUGGACAAUAGCACCACAAUUACUACCGCAUUUGACUCGUCGUCCUUGCCCACACCCGGUGAGGAGCGUAACCCGUUCGGUAACCCGCUAUCUUUCUUUCCGCCUAUUACAACUGCAACCGCUGCUACCAGUACCUCCUCUGCUCCCUCACCAUCAGCAGUAGCACUUCACCAUGCACUAGCACCACCAUCCUCAUCGACAUCGUCAACGACCGCGAGUCCUGUGCUGAACCCGCUCGAGCAUCGGCUACUAUUACCACCACAACCACCACUACCACCAGCAAUGUCGGAGCAAUACGUGGCUCCCGAAAACCUGUCCUCAACUCGGACGCCACAGCUCGAGCGCCUUGUCCCUGCACAAGGUCCUACUUAUGGUGGAUGUGAGGUGACUGUAUUGGGAGCCAACUUUUACAGGGGCCUCACGUGCCUCUUUGGUGAGCAUCAAGCUACGACCAUCUUUUGGAAUGCAAACACGCUGGUAUGUCUCCUGCCUCCCGCAGCCCACCCGGGACCAGUGGUAGUCUCGUUUAAGCAGCACUCGCUCGUGUUGGACGGCCAGGAUGUGCCCCUGUUCACCUACUACGACGCCAACGAUCAGGCCCUAUUAGAAUUGGCGUUGCAAGUCGUCGGGCUGAAGACGACGGGCAAGCUACUAGAUGCCAAACAAAUUGCGAUGCGGAUCGUUCAGGGUGGAGACAACAGUCCACUUUAUCUACAUAACCACAAUAAUGGUAGCGGCGCUACUAACAAUGAUGCUGCAGGUACCUCGGAUCAUGAUGCCGAGGAUGACGAUGACAAUACCACUACCACGUUGGAGGACACGGUCAUUCAAGCGCUCGAUACAUAUCGAGUCACAACCAAUGAACUGCUACAUGCGACAAACGACGGCGGUCAUACACUGCUUCACCUGGCAGUUUGGAUGGGAUAUACUCGACUGGCUUGCAAAAUAGCAAUUAUGUGUCACGAGGAGGCGCUCAAUGUCUGUGACCGGAACGGAUAUACGCCACUGUCUCUUGCUCGGAUCAAGGGAAAUACAGCCAUCAUCCAAGAUAUUAUCCUGGCACGUUCUAUGGUCUCCAAGCGCAGGCGCACAACAACAUCCGCAGUGAAUGAUAUGAUGCUGUUCCCCAUCAUGCGCCGUUUUUAUCCAUCGUCCUCACUGCUAGCAGUGUCACAGUCGCAGGCAAAUGGCAAGAACAACAAAAAGGUUCAGAAUGGCAAGAACUGCUUUGACACCCUUUGGCCAUCUACUACGUUUCAAAGCAUUAGUAUGCUAGCAUAG